UCAUUUGUGUAUACAUUUUCGUCGAUGUCAGGCUCACGUUAUAUUCGUAUUUGUAUCUAAAAGUAGACGGAUAGACUACUUAUUGUUAUAUGUUUUUACAUCUGCAGUCUGUGAUCAUUUACAUCAUUUUUAGUACUCACGUUUUUAAGGCUGAACUUUUAUUUUCGAUAAAACUGACACUGCCUUGAAACAUUGUUAUCAUCAUAAACUUUUGUGUGUUUUAAAGUGACCUAUGGAUUCUAAAAAAACGUGUGUAUAAAACUGUCAAAGUCAUUGAAUAGGUUAAUAUGUAUGAUAAACAAAAACAAUAUCUUAAAAAUCAGCAAUGGAAAAAGAAAUAUAAGAAAAAAGCUUGUGGAUCAGUUGAACAAAAAUCAACAAAACCAAUUAUAAAUAAAGAAUCUAAAAAAGAAGAAGAAGAAGAAGAAGCAGAUCAAGCAGACUUGGUUCCUAAACAAGUUUUACCAUUAAACGGAUGGUUUCCAGAGUUUGAUGAUUCAUCAACCUCAAGUGAUGAUGAUUUUGAAUCGCUAGUCACAUCAUUAAAUCUCUCUAAACCAAAAGAUUCCAAUACAGAAUGUCCAACUGAAUUCUCAAGUAUUUAAUUUAAAACUUAAUGAUCAAUCCAACCAAAAUAUAAUAGCUGUUCCAAAGCAAGAA